CUUUCUCUGCCGAACGCGCCCAGUGAUAAUAAGUUUAAUGGCGCUAAAAGAACGAUAAGGUUGUGCUAGGUUACGGCAUUUUGAAUUUUCUAUGCGGAAAAUGUCUAAUCUUAUUUUCGAGAAAACACGCGAAAGUCGUGAUGCAUAACGUUAUACCACGGGAAGGAGUUUGAGUUACGCGGAGCGUCACUGCAGGAAACUACGUGGAGUGAAGAUUUGCCGGUGAAGAUUUGCUCUUAUCAAGGUUAACUGGUCAACUUCAACGAACAAGAUGAUCGAAGUUGACAAAAAGGAUUGCAAGAAACUCUUGACGCAGCGAAUGUUGCUGGCUGUCGUCUCGAGUAUAAUAUUACAAUUUCUUCUAGUCUACUGCCUCGUCCUGUUUACAAAUCUGAGUACAGAUUACGUACAUUGGCUUCAGAACACGUGGACAACUGUAACGUCACUACGAAUGUGGAUUUAUCUCCUCAUUUUCGCCGCGGUGACCUCCUUACAGGGUGUUUUCUGCAGCAAGAUUUAUCUCUACAGUCCACCAUAUUAUAAGAGCAGAUUUGUCAAAUUGUGUGCAACUCUCGCAAUUCAAAACUUAUGUCUGAAAGGCUCAUAUAUCAUUAUGGGUGGCAUUUUGGUCUGGUUGCAUUUGUCAUUGAAAGGAGGAACGUACAGUUCCUUGACUGCAGAUUGUAACAUCGUGUAUGGAACAUGUUUGGUGGAGGAAUAUUAUUUUCUACUAUUCAGUGGUUUAUGGAGUGGAUUAUAUUUCUCCAUUAAGAUUAAUGACUCCAUGAAGUAUUUCCGGUUUUCCAUUAUAGCGCAGUCUAAAUUUCUCCGACUGAAACAAGGAAUUUACACUAUGCUUCCAAAGCUAAUGGUUUCCUCUACAUGGUCGACUCUGUAUUACAUGGCUAUUUACUAUUUUCUGGGAUCGUACUGUCGAGGAGUACUGUUGUCUGUGAUCUCAAUACAAACAGAAGUCGAACCUUUAGACAAUAUGUCUAGAUUGCUAAAUCUGACAUUAAUAUUACAAUUGUGGCUUCACCAAUUUAUAUUCAUACUGACUACAAGCAGCACUUACUUGUUGUUUGAAAUAUAUCUGACCGAAUGGAUUCCAUUUAAAUUUGGUUCAAGCGAUGCAUACAGUGUGAACGCUACAGAAUUAACGCUUAUAGAUGCACUAUCGAUGGACAAGAUACCGAUAAUGCAACACUUGGGUUAUCUAGAUUUAGUCACCUUAGCCCAAAAGGAGAAAAUAAGAAGAGGAAUGUUGUUUACACUCAGUCAACCAGGUGGUCAUCCAUACAACUGGAAUUGCAUUGUGCAAAAAUGCAUGGAUGUUCUUAAAAAAUUUUCAUGCGACUUCAAUGCUAUAUCCAUAAAACCUCAAGAGCAACAAUUUUGUUAUAGCGCGAAUGUAUUGACAGCAAGAAUCGCGCCUGCACGACCUGUACAAAAGGAUCAUAUAUAUCAUAUGCGGAAGUUAGUACCGGAUGUAACGCCGACGGUAUCAACAGAAACAGAGACAAAGGAAGUUCCUUAUAGUGGCAUGUUUAUCCAAAAGUUUAUUAAACAGAAACGAGAUGCUUUUGUAGCAUAUUUACUUUCUAAGCCACUUAUUAAUUACAUCUUUGGUGAACAAGAUGAUAAUAAAAUCCGUUAUCUAUUAUUCAAUGGACAACUAGUGAUUUGGGCAGCCGAAGCUAUUUCAUCAUUAUCGGUGUUUUCGCUCAGUGAAGAUUCUUAUGGCGUUGUACAAAAAGAUGUGCCAAACAUUAUCAAUACUUUGUUAUCGGUGAAGCAGGUUUUGGAUAAAUUGCAAAAAUCAGCUGUAUUAGCAAGAAAAAUUCAAGCUGAUGAUAAAUUUACUAAAGAAAUUUUUACGUCUUUAAGAAGUGCUAUCAAACGUAGUCUGUAUAGAAUUGUUACAAACUUUGAACCAUAUAUCAAUGAUUUAUCCCUUGAAUCUUUGACAAUAGAACAACUGCAAAGCUUUCUUAAUUAUAGGGAAUAGUUUGUAAAUAUUAGUACCAAGUGUGUGCUUAUAUAUAUAAUAUAAAACUGUAAAAAAAAAACUGCAUUUCAGAUUAAUUAUGAUUGAAUGAACUACUUUUUUUCACUUAAUUAUGUAAUUACACAGUUUCAAUAUAAAUUCUUUUUUUAUACUUUGUGUUCACGAGGAAAAAUAAAAUAUUCUAGAAAAAAGUAA